UUUUGCACAUUUGCUUUGUUAUAUUUCUUGUAAAAAUGGCGAACAGGCAGGCUAUCGCUGUAUCCACCUCACGAUUUGCGGUUUUAAAAAUCGAAGAUGACGAUGAAGAAGAUAAAAAGCCCACUAAAAAUUCAGCCCAGCAACAAAAUAGCACUGUUUCAAGUUCUAAUAAAAAAAAAACUAAAAAGAAAAAGGACACAAAAGAAAGUGAACAGCUAAAAAAUUUAGCCUUUGGAAAAGGUGGUGGAAAGCAGAGUCAACACAAAAGUGGUGCUGGAGAUGGAGAGGAAAGGAAACUUUGGGACCAAUGGAGAGAGCAUGAUAAAGAGUUAGUAGAAGAACAAUUUAAAGAUGAUCUUGCAGCGGCACUUCUCCAGAGUCGACUUGAUGCGGAAAAACAAAACCAGGAAAAACAAAAGCAAAAGGAACGUAUAGAAGCUGGAAUAGAAGUUCCCAAUACACGAGAGGGAAGAAAGAAGAAGAAACAAAGAGAAAAACCCCAGGCUAUGUCAUUAGAACAAUUUAAACAACUUCCUCCAGAAAAACCAGUCAAUUCUGACUCAGAAGCAGAAGACCUAAACAGUAAAUCAAGUACACCUCCUGUACAAACUAGAGUGCCACCGACACAACAAGAUCCUACAUUUUUUAACUCAAUUGAGGAUGAUGCUGAACAAAUAUUACAACAUGAAAAAAUUCAAGAACAGUAUAAAAAGCAAUUUGCUUCUGAUAGUGUUAUUGUUGCUAAACUCAAGAAUGACUUGGAGAAAAAAGAUAAGCAGUUGGUAGAGCUGAAGAAACAAAUAGAAAGCAUGGAGGAGGAAUUAAAGCAAGUUAAAAAAAGGAACAAGCAGUUCUGUGUUAUUUUAGGCCAAGGAGAAAUGAAAGAUAAAGCUCAAGUACUUCUUCAAGUAGAUGAACUGACACUUGUGAAAGAUGAGCUGACUGAACAAGUAUCAACAUUAACAGCUGAAUUAGAGAAAGAGAAAUCAAAGAAUCAUGCUUUGAAAGCUGAACUAGACAAAGUAAAGCCCACCAAACAUGGAAAAUAAUCUGACACAUUAAAUCAGUUUUACUUUCAAGCCAGGAUUAUUCCUAACUCUUUGACAAGCUAGGAACACUAAAAAUAUGGUUUAUCUGGAACUUUAAAAAAAUGAUUUAUGUGCUAUAAAAGCACUAAGGAUUGUGGUAUUUAUUGGUGGAUUUUUUUUUCUUUAAAAAUGUCAUUAAUUUUUUUUGAGAUUAAAGUAAAAAUGUUUUGUGUUUAGAUUUUGAUUUGAAAUAAACUUUCUAUAAAGUUAAGGGUAUACAGUAAACUUGUUUCAGUGACAUAUUUCUAAGUAGCAAGUUUUAAUUGGUAAGACUUGUCAUAUAUUUGUACUAAUAGUCUUGUAUGAAAAUCUCAAGUUUUACCUUUUUUUUUUCUUUUUGAUAUAUAUUCUGAACUAUGAACAAGAAAGAUUAAAAUAAUAAUAAUGGUUUUUCAUUUUGUUGUUAAAAUGAACAAAUAUUUUAUAGGCAAUAAAUGACUGUUUGGUACAUAGUUUUCAAACAUAUUUAGUACCUUCAAAAAAAAAAAAUAUCUACACCUAAAUACAUACAAAUAAGAUAAUCUCAGGGAGAUGAGAGGUUUUUUGUUUGUUUGUUGCUUUAUUUUUGUUUUUUAGGGAAGGGUUAAUUUUGUUAGUAAUGUUGAUUUUCUUCUUUCUACCAAUUUCUAUCAAAUGUAAUUCAUUCAACUUGUCAGUAUUUCUGUUAAAAAAUACUUUUUUUAAAAUCUUAUUUUGAUUCAAACAAUAUGUUAAAUAUUAUUUAAUUACCAUUUUAAACACUUAUUAAGUCUUUAGCCAAAUGAUUCAAUGACAUUUUUCAAUUAAGACUAAAAGACUUCUAUGUAAAGCUUUUGUACAUUUUUUUUUGUUCAUCUCUUGUAUUGCAAUACCUUUAGUUUGUCUCAGUUCCUUAGAUCACAGGGAACAUUCAUAAAUGAGGUAGCACUAAACCUUCAUAUUGUGCAUGUGAUGUCUCAUGUGCAUCAUGUUGUCUUUAUUACAAACAAAAAUGUGCAGCACUUUCACACAUUCAAAUCACACAGCAUUUAAAUAAAUAAAAUGAUGAACAUUGGUAUAUGUUGGUAUUUGUAGUGAAAUUUAAAUAUCAAAACUUCAUUGUCAACCUUGAUUGAACACCCAUUUUUUAUAUGUUAAAUUGUAAAGUUAUUUACAUUGUUUUUUAAAGACUAUUUGAUUUUAUUUUUUUUUCCCAAUAAAGUUUUAAGAUAAAUAU